CUGCGACACGCGAAUCUUGAUGCUUGUAUGUGCUGCCUCUGCUGAGUCCCUAUCGCAGACAGACCCAUGCGCUUGGCGAACCAUGGCCCUUGCCUCUCGCCGGCGGAGACGCGUCUCCUGCGUACCAAGUCUCUCCCGUCUUGUCCCUGAUUCUGAUUCUGCUGAUGUUAUUUGCAUCGUUGCUGGCUGCUGGCUGCUUGGUGCUGGGAUCCAUGACUGCCGGCCCACAAUGCCACCACGCAGUAUAUCACCUCGCGCGCCCGCCCAUUGUUCCCCCCUCCUCUCAAUAGCAUCCAUCCCAUUCUUCCCUUCUGGUGCUUUUUAAUUCCUAGACCUAUUUGAUACCCCAGCCGCUGGCCGUGGUGCCCAGGUUCUAUCUACUUCAUCCAACCUUGCCGGCCCAUUCUGGUUUUUUCUUCUUUUUUUUUUUUUGGUGGUGGUUGUUUCUCUCUCUCUCUCUCUCUCUCUCCUUCUCGUCGCCCUUGAGGGACUUCUUCCUUGUGUGUGUGUGUGCAAGUGCUGGUCUGGCAUCCGCUUCUUGGUGAAACCGUUCUCUUUCGUUUACAUUGUCCUCACCCGACGUCAACAUGGCUCCCAUAUCUGCCUCCCUCCUCGCCACCUGCUCAUGCCUGGCUGCCCUUGCCCUCGGCGCCCCCGCCCCCGCCCCCAGCCCGGCCCCGGCCCCGGCCCCGGCCCGGGAGCUGCAGGGACUCGGUGUGCCAAUCAUGAACGCCGAUGCCAAGAACAUCAUCCCGAACAAGUACGUCGUCGUCUACAACGACACCUUUGACGAUGACGCCAUUGCCACGCACGAGGCCUACUGGGUCGAUACCAUCGCCAAGCGCAACAUCGGCAAGCGCUCCCCCAUAGACAACCGCAUGCUCAGCAUGACGGUCCACACCUUCGCCAUCGGCAGCAUGCGCGCCAUGUGCCUUGAGGCCGACGACGCCUCGGCCAUAGAGAUCAACAGCGCCGACGAGGUCUCGUACAUCGAGGCCGAUGCCUACGUGUACCUCAAUGCCCUCGUCACCCAGCAAAACGCCACCACCGGCCUGGCCCGCAUGUCGUCUGCACAGGCCGGCGGGUCCACCUACACCUUUGACGACACGGCCGGCCAGGGCAUCACCGCCUUCAUCGUCGACACGGGCAUCAUGGAGGAGCACGAGGAGUUCGAGGGCCGCGCAACCUUUGCUUUCAACAGCGCUGACAACAUCAACACCGAUGCCAACGGCCACGGCUCCCACGUCGCCGGCACCAUCGGCGGCAAGACUUUUGGCGUGGCCAAGAAGGCCACCCUGGUCGGGGUCAAGGUCCUGGACGCCCAGGGCGCAGGCACCAACUCGGGCGUCAUCGCCGGCAUGAACUUUGUCGCCCAGACGGCCAGGGCAAACGGGCUCUCGGGCAAGUCGGUCAUGAACAUGUCCCUGGGUGGUGGGCGUUCCAACGCCGUCAACCAGGCCAUCAACGCCCUCCGUGCGGCAGGCGUCGUCCCGGUGGUCGCCGCUGGCAACGAGAACGUUGACGCUCAGAACGACAGCCCCGCCUCGGCACGUGGUGCCAUCACCGUCGGCGCCAUCGACCAGACCACCGACCGCCGCGCCCCAUUCAGCAACUUUGGGCAGUUUGUCGACGUCUUUGCCCCUGGCGUCGACGUCGAGAGCGUGGGCAUCCGGUCCACCACAUCCACAGAGACCCUGAGCGGCACGAGCAUGGCGAGCCCGCACGUCGCCGGCCUGGCGGCUUACCUGAUGGCCAAGGAAAACAUCACAGACAUCGAUGCCGUCGCUGCCCGCAUCACAGACCUCGCCGGUGCGACGCAGGCCCGCGUCCUCGGGAACGUCAGGGGCACGACACCGCUGAUCGCCAACAACGGUGCCAUCUGACCCUUGGAAUCUACACUCUCGGCGUUGGGAACCGGCCUCUGUUUUUCCUCUUCUUCUCCUAUUUCCUCUUUUCCGUCCCCGGCCCGUCAUGGACGUACACCUACUACCUGCAUUGCACGGACGCAUCUGGCUUUGGACACCGGGGCAUAUUUCAAUUCCAUAGUCUCUGUAUUGUUUUGCUCUGGUCCUCCAGGCCUUAUUCCUUGACACAACUUAGUCUCGGUCCCGGGGGCAUGGCCCUUGAUAAUUGAGGGGGGGGCUGGGGGAGUGGUUAAUGGCUUUAAGAGCCAGCCAUAGAUGAAUACAACUCUCGACAUAGCAUAGACAAAUGAAAUUUAAGAUCUUUGAUCACCAUAGA